CUGCGUUUCAUGAACGACAAUGGAAGAAUUUGCUGGCUUCGUUUUUACUGGAGAUGACCUUGACUUUGGUGUGGGGUACGACUACAAUAGUAGUGAUUAUGAUUACUAUAGCGACUCCUGCUGUGCUGGCAAAGUGUGCGAUCAGGACCGCAGCAUGGAGUUUGCGGCGGUCUUCAUCCCGGUCCUGUACUCAGUGGCGCUGGUCCUGGGGCUGCUGGGAAACGGGCUGGUUCUGGCGGUGCUGUGGAAGAAGAAGCGGACCUGGAGCGUGACGGACACCUUCAUCCUGCACCUGGCCCUGGCCGAUGUCCUGCUGCUGUUCACCCUGCCGUUCUGGGCUGUGGAAGUAUCUAAGGGAUGGAUAUUUGGCACUGCCCUCUGUAAGAUCACUGGAGCUUUGUUUAAGAUCAAUUUCUACUGUGGGAUCUUCCUCCUUGCCUGCAUCAGUGUGGACCGCUAUGUGUCCAUCAUUCAUGCUGUGCAGAUGUACUCUCGUAAGAAGCCCUGGGUGGUUCAGGCCAGUUGCCUGGCCGUGUGGCUCGUCUGCUGUCUGCUCUCCAUUCCCGACUGGCUGUACCUUACUGAUGCAUACGAUGCCAGACGAGGUAAGACAGAGUGCGUGCCUCUCCACCCUGUGCCCAGGGAAAACUGGCGUUCCGGUUUCCGUUGGCUCUACCACAUUCUAGGUUUUCUCAUCCCAGCCGCAGUCAUGGUCAUCUGCUACACCCGCAUCUUGCUGCAUUCAUGCUGUAGCUCUCUGAAGCUGCAGAAGCAGAGAGACACGAGGCUGAUUCUAGGCCUGGUGAUUGCCUUCUUCAUCAGCUGGACACCCUACAACCUCACCCUGAUGGCAGACACACUGCAGACCCACAACAGUUUGACCUCCAACAACGCCUCCUGCGACACGUUCACCACGCUGGACAUCUCCCUGACCGUCACCUCCGCGCUGGGGUACCUGCACUGCUGCAUCAACCCGUUGUUGUAUGCCUUCAUGUGGACGAAGUUCCGUCGCCACCUGCUGAAUAGAGACUAUGCACCGUCUGCUGAAUAGCAGGAAGGCCAGCAUAUCAGCUUCAUGUGGCCAGACAUGGUGUAUACCAUAGACAUUAGAAAGCUUGAUACAGCAUUAUCUGUCAGGUUAUAUUACGUGGCAUGCGUAAACACAGUCAACAUAUUGCUGGUGGCAACAUCUUUACUGUCUAUAAUGGGCAACACACACUGGCAAUCAGGGACACCUGUCUGAUUCCCAGUCAGAGUCACAUGUUUCUCCAUUGGCCUUCAGUGAUAGUUGCGCCCACCAAUAUGGCGGCGCUGUUUACGCAUGUUCUGGAGCCCAAUGCGGUGUCUAGCUUUCUAAUGUCUAUAGCCGAUACCACCAACACCUCUAGUCAAUUUUUAAAUGCAUGCAACUAAAACUCGUACAUAUACUGUAGCACCUUUGAAGUGAUAAAGAUAAUGUAACUCAAAACAACUUAACAAAAAUCUUUGGAAAACAUAUUUGAACUUCAUUGAAAAUUCAAUAUCAUAA